CGAUUAGGUUGGUGCACCUGAGUGUUCAAAAAAGUAGUACAAUGUAAAUUUGAUCAAGCCGUUACAGGUGUCUCGCCUCAUACUUUCGUGAAUUUCUGAAGAAAUUGAAUAAGAGAAUUGAAUCUGUCUUUGCAUUGAAAUUAAUAUAUUGAGCUGUGUGUGAACACGAGAUUAAGAUGAGCAAUCUACGAAGACGUGCUAACGAUUUUACAAACUCCUUGAAGAGUUUUCAUCAAACAAUAUGCGAAGAAAAACAGAAUUCCAUUGUAUCGCAAAGAAAUUUGGAGGAUACAUUGGAUAACAAUUCUAUAAAAAGGCAAUGUGAAAGUGAUAUACAUAACUAUCAAAGGAAUAACGAAUCUCAUGCUUCCAUUAUCAUAGCAGGAAGAUUAGACAAUCAGCAAUAUAUUUCAUCUGCUAAGUAUAGGAAUGUCGAAGAUAAUGAUAAUCAAUUUCCAUUAAGAGAUAUAUCAGAUGAAACAUCAUAUUUAUCAUUGAAAUUUGACUUAAAUAAAGGUGCUAUAUUUCAAGAUGAGCAAUUAAGUAAGGAAAAUCAUACUUGUGAAGAAUAUUCAAAUUAUAAUUCCACAUUAUCUAAGAUUAAAGUUAACAAAGAUAUUGAUCCUCAUUACUUGAAUAAAAAUAAGAAUAUAGAGGUACAAUGUAAUUUAAUUAAAGAUUGUCCAUACGCUAUGUCAUCAAAUUCAUUAGAAGGUAUAUCAAAAAAAAAUCAAGAUGUAACUAAAGAAUUUCAAAGGUCUAAAAGCUGUAGUAUGCUUAAUAGUAAUAUGAAGACAGAUACAAAUCACAAUAUUAAAGCUAGCUAUUUUUCUGCAACAUCUACAAAUACUCCUACAAGAAAGAGUAGUUAUGAAAAAACUGACAUAACUGCUCUGUUUGAUGCAUUGACAUUGUCAUCGAAAACUUCUCUUUCAUCAAACAAGAAGAUUGAUUUCCAUUCUACUGAAGAAGAUCAACAGUGUAAUUCAACAAACAGCAAGACAAGUUUAAAAGAGCAACUUAAUUUUCCUGAAUUAAAAGCAUUUUUGGAUUCAUUGGAAUAUCAGAAGCCAUUGAAAGAGACAGCUGUGCAAGAACGUAUGCUGAGACGCUUGUCUGCAAAUUUCUACCAUUCACCCAAAACUUUUACAGAAAGAUUAUUAACGAUUAUUGAAGAAUCAGUUAUGAGUAAUGAUUCUUGUGCACAUUUAGAAUAUCCAGAAGCUAGCUUAUGUAGAUUAUCUGAAGAAAUUCGGAAAAUGUGCAAAUUUAUAGAUGAUGAAACUGUUCCAGAAUGGCCCCAGUCUCCAAGUAUGUCAAAAUCAAUUUGUAAGAGACAAAGUAUAAAAUUUAAAUCUCCAUCACGCAAAUCCCUUAAUGCAUCUCGAAGUAAAGGUAUAAUUACACCACCUUCUCCUCGAUGUAAAAGUCCGAAGAAAAUUUGUCAGCGUAUGUCAAAAAAUACAUCAUAUAAUAUAAAAGGUUCAGUACUAGAUAACACGAGUACGUUUGAAUCUUUAGAGGCAUUUUGCGAAAAAUUUUAUGCCAAUGAAAAUAAAGCUGUUCCAAGGGAGAAAAAUCCAUUACAAUCUCCCUUGCAAAAUAUAAAUAAUAUUUUACGUGUGUGUGAGAAUCAAAUGGCUUCUUUGGAAGACACACUCGACAUUCAAGAACAACUUAGGAAAGCUCAAACGUUAACCCCGGAUUUGACAAGACAACAUAAUGAAGUAUCUGAAGAACAGACUCUUCGAUACAGAUUACUUACUCAAGAGAAACGAAAUAAGACAGAUUCGAAAGAAGUACCUAACAUAUUUAAACAAUGGGCAGGAUCUAAUAAAUCUUAUGAAAUCAUGGAGCUAGAUGAUUUAGAAAAUACGCUUAUGUAUGAAAUCGCAAAAAAGAGACAAAGAUGUCUCGACACAGCAAAAGUAAUGAUGGAAAUUGACACGAAUUCGGAGUCAGAAAAAGUACAACAAAUAUAUCCAAAGAUCGUCAUCACUGAAUCCUCACCAACUAGAGACGCUAAAUUCAUGGAAACACUAAUGUCUGUCAAAAGAUAUCAAGAGUAUUUGGAAGAGCACAAAUCUAUACUAAAUUUAUUUCAAACUGGAUCGUGCAAUACUUCUCGUAUUUCUCUUACUCCAAACCAAAAAUAUAUUCGAACAAAGGAAAUAACCAGAGAAGAUGUCGGCACCCGCCGUUUAGGAGAAAAAACCAAGAGUGCAACAUUAAAAGUAUCAACAAUGAAAAAGAAGAGUACAAGUUCUUUAUCGCCAAAAUGUUCUACUAAUAAUAUGGUUGUUUCAAAGCCAAAAUUAUUUGUGACUCCUGGAAAGACACCUACUAAGAAGAGUUGUAAACCAAAGCGCAGCUACUUCCCUGACCUAGUGGGUGGAAUGAAUAAAGAAAAGAAGCCUAGUCCACAUCUCAAAACUAUUUACCAACAAUUAGAAAAUUAUGAUUACGUAGUAUCACCGGUUGGUAUGUACAUAAAAGGUACGGAUCCUCAUCUCAUAAAAAAUUUACGAUCUAAAACGAAUGAAAAGCUGUUAACACCUAGAGAAAAGCAGAUUAAGCGGUCUCUCAGUCCAAAACUGAAAGCUCAACUAUCUCCAAAGUUGCCGAAAAAGACAAUGACUAGAAUAGUAGGAGAUGAAAAUAUUCCCGAUAACUUUUUACAUCCAAAAGUGCAUUACAAGCUCCCAUCACACAUACGCACAAUAAAGGAAACAGAAAAUCGAAAAGUGGGAAAUCGCAUAAACGAAUUAUUGCGUUCAACACAAGAUAAAGUCGUGGUUCGACACAAAGGUCGAAUAAAAUCAGUUCAAACAGAGUGCUCGAAGCAACUUGAAAUCCAUUAUGAUUCUGCUGAAGAAUCUGUGCAUGUUGAGCAAACAGCUUAUAAAACAUGCUUUUCUCGUGUACAAAAGGAUUGAUGAUUAAUAUUUUAAUACAUGAUUUGUUUUAAUUUUUUAACAAGAAAUUGA